GAAAACAACCACAUACAGAAAUACAGAUGUUUAAUAUUAGGGAGGAAAGCAUCUUAGACUUUUAUUUUGAAAAUAAUCAAUAAUAUUCCACAGAUUUCCAGACCUGUCAAGAUAGUAAGAUUAUCUUAGAUCCCGACUUGUAGGAGUUGUGAACUUGCAGAAAACUACGUUAAAGAAGCCACAAAGAGAGAAAUUGUGCGAUAUCUAAUACAGCAAAACAGAAGAACAAAAUCUACAGUGAAGCAAGAAAUUCAAGAAAAUGACAGGAAUAAAGAUCAGGAAAACGGUGUGUAAGAUGACAGAAACAGGAAGGAGAAAGAGGAAAUACAUUUUAUAAAGACUGAGGUUUGUUCAUACAAGUCUGAACAGAAAAGAAAAGCAAUGGACUGCAUGAGUGAGAUUGCAAGAGACAGGUCAACAUAUUCUUCUGCGUGGGUUUUAAGAGCAAAGAGUGAAGAUUAAGUUACCUGAAUUACUUUGUUUCGAUUCUAGUCACGUUUUAAGUACUACAUUUUUUUCACUUCUUGUAAAGUCAGAACGUUUUAGUUGAAUGUAGGUUGGAGGGUUUUGUUUUCUUUUUACUCCACCUCAGAAGAUGGCGCUAAUGCAGUUUUGAAGCCGUUUGCCAACUGCCAGUAAAAUCUAUGAAGAAGGAGAAGCGCGAUUGGCUGAGUUGCCGGUGACGUCAGUCAGACUUCAGCCCUGCGUACGCAGUCAGAUCAGAGACGUCAACAUGGCGGCCAUGGAUGUCAUUGUAGAGCUGUUGGUGUCAGUAUGGAGGAUACCGGCGGUCAGGCAGAGUUUUCCCUUGUUAUUUUUAUUCAUUUCUUUCCUCGGAUCUAUUCUGAAGGAACUGGACUUGGUUCCGCAGUCCUAUUUCAGCAGCAGCAAGAACUUCGUCAACUUGUAUUUCGUCAAAGUCUCCUGGGGAUGGACGCUGCUGCUGCUCUCACCUUUCCUCCUUUUCUCCAGCUUCGCCAACCAGAGCCGCUCCGCCCUGCUCAAACGCCUACUGGCAUUAGCCGUAGCAACAGCCGUGUGGUACGUCUGCACCGGGACCUUCCUCUACAUCGAGGAUGUGACUGGCUCAUGCUUUGAAAGCAAAACUGCUUCCAUCGCUAACACGUUCACUUCGAAAGCCGCCUGUAGACGGGCCGGCUUCCACUGGCAGGGCCACGACAUCUCGGGGCACUCGUUCAUCCUCAGUUACUCCUCCCUGCUCAUCAUGGAGGAAACGUCCAUCAUGACGGUGCUGAAGACGGGCGGGCUGCACAGAACGCUGCUCAACCUUCUGUACGUGGCCUUGAAUCUGAUAGUGGCGACGUGGGUGUGGAUGUUCGCCUGCACCUCUGUUUACUUUCACAGCCCGCAGGACAAGCUGCUGGGGACCGCAUGUGGUCUGCUGGGGUGGUUCCUGACGUACCGGUACUGGUACCAGAAGUCUUUCUCACCGGGCCUGCCGUUGCAGCACCAUCAGAAAGAACAGAAGGAGCUCGCCUGAGGCAAACCGCUGAUUUUACAAGCUUCAUUAAACCGUAGGUUAUUUUUAUCCGGGUCCAAGCUGGACGUGAAACUUGAAGACGUGUUAAGUUGUUGCAUCCUGAUAGGAAGGCUGCUUUGUUUGAAAGCACAAAAUCUUGUCAAGGAUUUUGGUCCAGUUUCUAAUGCAAAUAUCCUAGUGCACUGGAAAUAACUUACAAGAAACAGGAGCUUGUUGUAAGUUGAUAUUUCCUUUAUAUUUAUGAAAAGGUUAUCGUUCCAUUUGCAGAUUAUUUCAUUAUAACAUGACAUUUUUCCCAUGUUUUAAGAGAAAUAGUCUGUCAAAAGUGUUGACUCUCCAGGUCAGAGGUUAAGAGUUUGUACUGAAUAAAGAUACAGUUAAAGAAGAACACUUCACUGUGUCAGAAACACCUGCAUGUUUUCAUUUACUUGGUUUUUAAAUUUAGUUCACCUCAUUUAGGGGAAUCGGUUUUGAAAUUAUUUGAAAAUGUGCCAUGAAUUAAAUGAAUGGGAAAAUAUUUGAGAAGACAACAUUUUAAUAAAAAACAUUAUUUAAAUACAGCGCAGCUUAAUUUGUUGCACACACUACCGUUUGUCUGCAUUUGUUUUAAAAAUGCCAUCAUUUAAGGUUCUUUACCACUGAUGCUGAAUGUUGAAAGCUACCUUGAUAAUUUUACAAACAGAAUUUAAUUUAGCUGCUUUUCCUAUGUUUAAUCACAAAUAAUGUCAUUUUAAAGAUGUGUGUAACAAAGUAUUCAAACCUCCCCCAGAACUUGGCUUAAAAAGGCAGAAAAGUAACAAUAUGUGCCUCUAAAUGCCUACAAUGAUGCUGCCCAAAAAAGUAUUUCUUUAAAGUGCAUGUUAUUUAUUUUUACUACAUUUAUUUGUACUUACCUCAUGUUUUCAGCACGUGUUUAUCCCAUUGGCUGCUAGUUUCUAAAACACAAAAUAAUUGCAGCACAGAAAGAAUAGAAGCAUUUCUAAUGAAGCUGCAGCAUGUUUUUAUUCUGUUAAGCUAAACCUAAAGGUUUGAAAUAUUAUCAGGUAUUCAAAUUUUCCAAAUGAAGUUUAAAUGAUUCGUCUGCACCUCAUGAAUAAAAACACUAAUGAUGUUUUGUGAGAAGAAAAAAAAAGAUGCAGCAGCCAUAUUAAUUUUUUUCAAUUUCAUAUUCAGAAUAUUCAAUUAGAUUUUGUUUACUACAAUUAUUAGAUACAAUUAAAACAGCAUGUUUAUUUGAUAUAAUAGAAAAUAUAAAUAAAAUUUUUAUAUCAAAUAAUCAUGCUGUUUUAAUUGUAUCUAAUAAUUGUAGUAAACAAAAUCUGGUACUAGUGGAUUUUAAAUAUUUUUGAUCAUUUUAUUAAAUAAUUUCUAAACCCCUAAUUUAAUUUUUUUCAAAUCUUUGAGUUUGGAAAUCACUGUUAGUCCAUGCCUGCUCUCUCCUGUUUAAAUAUUUUUUUGUUUGUGUAUUUGUAUGACAGCUGCCAUUAUAAGCCACUUUGCCAUAAAUAAGUUGGUUAAUUUUAACAUAUUUAAUUUUUCAGAGGAAACCAAGUGUUGACACAGAGUUUCAGGGUGCUGCGUAUCCGAUUGUCAUUUGUCUUCUUUAAAAUUUAUGUUUAAGAAAACGGGGAACAAAAUGUAUUUCCUGUACUCAUUUCUGUUUUUAAGCUUCUGUUAGUGUAACUGUAGUUUCUAGGUGUCAAUUUUAUUGAAAUAAAAAAACAAAAAUAAAAACCA